CAAAUUUCCGUAUAAUAAACUGAAACCAAACUCAUAACGAGAUUUUCAAGAUGACAGCCUCCAUGGAAAAUAAGUGUCAACAGUACCAUACAUAAAUUUACUUAAUGUAUAUCAAAAGGCAAUAAACGACUUUAAACUUGAAAAUAUCCAUGACGCAAAAAUGAAGCUUUCACACCUCAGAAAAUUUCCGUCAAGACUGACUGGUCUCAAACCAUUGGUUGGAACAUACUGCGUACGGCGACAUGUAUCAAGGGUCUCUCCUUUAACGUCUGCAUUUAACACACGAGGUGGAAAACUGUUCAACUUUAAGCUACUAGAAUCCCAGAGUGUGGGUUUAUUCAACAUACCAGAACUGAAGACACUUUCAGGAGUGAAGAUCCUAGAAGAACAAUGCAUUGCGGACAUCAACAGACUGAAACAAGAAGCCUGCAGUGCAGACAGGAAGAGAAAACUUGUGGUGGUUUUGGACGAGAUGUCUGACAGUAUAUGCAGAGUGGCUGACAUGUUGGAGUUCCUGAGGCUUGCCCACCCUGAUGAGAAGUUCAGAAAGACAGCACAGGCAUCCUUGAUAAACCUGUUGGAUCUUGUGGAAACAUUGAACACAGACAUACACAUUUACAAGGCCCUCAAACAUGUGAGCCAGCACGGAGAUGUGGAGACAUUGUCGGACACUGACAGGAGAGUCACUGACCUGUUCAUAUUCGACUUUGAGCAGAGCGGGAUACACUUGGACGAUCAGAGGCGGUCAAAGUUUGUGCAGAUUAACAAUGCAUUGGUGAGGAUUUGCAACAAUUUCAUGAAUGGCUGCCAGCAGCCUACCCCGAUGAUGAACUUUGACCUACCCAAGGACCUUCUAAAUCUGUUUUCUUUUGAGGGGAGGACUAAUUCUAUAAGUGCGCCCAGAACAGAACAUGUUAGUGAGAAGAUUCGAGAGGCUACCUACCGUAUACACGUGUACCCAAACAAACACCAGGAGGCUCUUCUUAAAGACCUGAUAGAAGGUCGCCGUCUGCUUGCCAACAUGUCCGACUUCCCGAGCUUUGCUCAUCGAGCCCUUAAAGGGACACUAGUGGAGUCCCCAGAGAAUGCAAUGCAGUUUCUGGAGUCCAUGGCAGUAAAUGUGCGGGAGGGGGCACAGAAAGAAUAUGAAUUGAUGUUGGAGCGAAAGCAGCAGUUUAAAGCCCUCGAGACAGGGGGAGAUGUGCAACAAGGGGAUUAUGUGCGAAACAAUGCCAUCAUGCCAUGGGACCCAGCGUUUUUUGUGAAGCAUGCAAGAUAUGAAUUAUACAAUGAAGAGACACUGUCUGAGUAUUUCUCCCUGGGUAACGCCAUGGAGGGGCUGAACAUGCUGUUCCAGGCGCUGUAUGGAGUCAGUCUGGAGAAUGUCACCCCUGGGUCAGGCGAGCUGUGGCACCGAGAUGUUUAUAAACUGGCUGUCACCCAUGAGAAAGAGGGCCUUCUAGGCUACAUCUUCUGUGAUUUCUUCGACAGGGCAGACAAAACUAAUUCGGACUGUCAGUUCAUGAUUAAUGGAGGGAAACUGAAGGCCAAUGGCGACUACCAGCUCCCUAUGGUGGUUGUACACCUCAACCUUACCUCUAGCGGCUCAUCCGUACCCUGCCUUCUCUCCCCUGGAAAUCUUGAGAACCUUUUCCACGAGUUCGGCCACGCCAUGCACGCAAUGCUUGGCAGACAGCAAUAUCAGCAUGUCACAGGUACCAGAUGCCCUAUAGAUUUCGCAGAAGUUCCGUCAAUCUUAAUGGAAUAUUUUGCAGCAGAUCCUAGGGUUCUGGGUACAUUUGCUCGCCAUUUCGAGACAGGUCAACCAUUAGACGAGGAAACACUGCGUAUGUUCUGUAAGAGCAAGAGACUCUUCCUGCAUUCUGAGACCCAAUUGCAGAUAUUCUACUCCAUUCUGGACCAGGUCUACCAUGGACCUGACCUGGGUCCUCAAACCCCUAUGCAAGUGUUGGAGGCGACACAGAACAAAUACUACGGAAUCCCAUAUGUGCCUAACACUGCAUGGCAUCUGCGGUUCAGUCACCUGGUAGGCUAUGGCAGCAAGUAUUACUCCUACCUGGUAUCCCGGGCUAUAGCCUCCAAGAUCUGGAGAACCAUGUUUAAACAGGAUCCAUUUAACAGAGCAAAUGGUGAGCGUUACAGACAUCAGAUGUUGGCUUUUGGUGGAGAGAAACAUCCUUCUGUACUCGUUAAAGACUUGUUGAAUGAGACCCCAGCUAUAGAUAUGCUGGUUCAGUCAUUGAGCGAGGAUCUGAACUCCAGGAAUAUUCUGCCUCCGACCAAAAUCUCUAAAUUUUAAUGAAUUCUUAUGUUGAUUUGACUUGUGGUGGAGCGUGAAACUUAAAUGAUAUAUAUUAUAUUUAAUAUAAUAUAAUAAAAUACAAAUGAAGUUAUUUAGAAAACCUGGUUGAAGUUUGUGUAGUGAUUAAAGUCCAUUAAUUUGUUUUCAUCAAAUAUUCUACAAACUGCAUAUUUUCAUUGUCAUAAUAUCUCAUCCUUGUUUGCCAUUAUGCAUGCAUGAAAUUGCAUGCAGAACUGCUACAGUAUGACUUCUGUUUAAUUUAAUAUAUGCAUUUUGAAUGUGUUUCCUUCUAGUCCAAUAGUUCUUGUUUAUUGCCAUAAAUCAAAUACUGGCCAAUUUGAGCAAGCAUUUACCUCAUGAUAAAUGUCACUAAAGUUUCCUUAUUCCUAUAUUCAAUGGAAGCCUUAACAAACUUCCUAAACAUGUUAACAUUAUAACAUGUUACAUCACGACAGUUUUUGAUUAUAUCACUAUAUAGUUAUAUUGCUUGAGAAACAGUUGAGUUUUGCUUUUUGUUUUUCUGAAUUUGACUUUUCAUGGCCUUCUUCUCUUGAAUCAAACAAUUUCAGCAGAAGCUUAUAAAAACGUUCAAGAUAAUAAUAUAGUAGCCAUGUUUUAUGAUUGACAAAAGUAGUUUCAGAAACUACCGGUUUAUGGCCCUAAAAUUUUAGAAACAAAGACUUGAGAAUUUAUCUUAUGAUUUAAUUUAGUCUAGAGGGGACAUAAAAGUUGUGAAUAAUGUUCUCAAUUCUUUUGCAAUCUUUUGGAAUGCAGUAUGUUCAAAUAUAUAUGUAUACCCCCACAAACGAAGUUAAGGGGGCUAUAUAGGAGUGAGCUUGUCUGUCGGUCGGUUGGUCUGUCGGUCCGUAUUAAGUGUCCGCUCUCUAAUUCAAGUUGUUUUAUCCGAUCUUCACCAAACUUGGUCAGAUGUUGAAUCUAGAUGAUGUCUAGGUCAAGUUCGAAUAUGGGUCAUGCCGGGUCAAAAACUAGGUCACAGGGUCACUUAGUGCGUUUUAAACAUUGAGCAUGGUGUCCGCUCUCUAAUUCAAGUAGUUUUCAUCCGUGCUUCAUUAAACUUGGUCAGAAGUUGUAUCUAGAUAAUGUCUAGGCCAAGUUCGAACAUGACUCAUGGCAGGUCAAAAACUUGGUCAUGGGGUCACUUAGUGCGUUUUAAACAUUGUGAAUGGUGUCCCCUCUCUAAUUCAAGUAGUUUUCAUCCGAUCUUCACCAAACUUGGUCAGAAGUUGUAUCUAGAUGAUGUCUAGGUCAAGUUUGAACAUGGGUCAUUCUGGAUCAAAAACUAGGUCAUGGUGUCACUUGUACCGUUUUAAACAUUCAGCAUGUGGUCUGGUCUCUAGUCUAAUUCAAGUAGUUUUCAUCUGAUCUUCACCACACUUGGUCAGAAGUUGUAUCUAGAUGAUGUGUAGGUCAAGACUGAAGUUCAAACAUGGGCCAUGCUGGGUCGAAAACUAGGUCACGGGGUCACUUAGUGCGUUUUAAACAUUAAGCAUGUGGUCUGCUGUCUAGUCUAAUUCAAGUAGUUUUCAUCUGAUCUUCACCACACUUUGUCAGAAGUUGUCUUGGAGUCACUUGGUGCGUUUUAAACAUUCAGCAUGUUGUCUGUUCUCUAAUUCAACUAGUUUUCAUGCGAUCUUCACCACACUUGGUCAGAAGUUGUAUCUAGAUGAUGUGUAGGUCAAGUUCUAACAUGGGCCAUGCCGUGUCAAAAACUAGGUCACGGGGUCACUUAGUGCGUUUUAAACAUUGAGCAUGGUGUCCGCUGUUUUUUUGUGAAGACAACAUGUACAAUAUUCUGUGUCAAUGCGGCAUGUGGGGGUAUUCGUCACGUCUGUGAAAAAGCUCUAGUUAAGCAUUGUAAUUAUCAUACCAAAACGUUUUUUUCUGUACAUUUAUUAUGUUAACAUCAUUACUAAUGUGUAGAUAUAAAUGCUGUCACUUAUCACUAUGUACAAACUGGACAUAUUGGAUCGGCGUAAAAUGAGUUAAAUACAUUCACCAUUUGGAAAGUAUAGUGUUGGUCGCUUGUUUUUUAAGGAUAACAAUGUGAAAUAAAUAAAAACAAACUUA